CUUGCUGCCGCAAACACGCGCUCACCUGGACAUGUUCUCCCUCUGGGGCCGGUGCGCCUUCUCCAAACCCAGUUUGGUGAAAAUCCCCACGAGGGCCAUGAUGGCCACUACUCCACAGAUGAUGUAGACGAUGAGUUCUUGCAGGUGCUCUGGUCCAGGCGCGACUGCUUGAAGGAGCAGCAGAAGCGGAAGCCACAGGUGCCGCAGCAGUACAGGCGGACUAAUCGAUCGUCGAUCGUCGGCAGUCCCGACCAGCAGCUGGGUCUCCGGGAGCACCUCGACCGGUCCGGGAGCUCUGUAGCCCCGCAGCGUCCCGCCAUGACAGCUCCGAGCGCCACGGUCGACAGUUCGGACAUGUUUCACCGAGCGAAGCAGCGGACUUUCCGCGGGUUUUCCGGAGAUGCAGAGCACCAGUGGAACGGACCCUUUUACUUCAUCCAGGCUGCAGACCCUCAGCUCGGGCUGAUGAAGGCUUGGAAGGACGGCAACUGCGACGGCGGCGGCGAUGAGUGGACGGAGGAGGUGGAGCUCACGAAGCAGGCGGUGGAAGCCACGAACCGCCUCCGACCCCGGCCCAGGUUCAUGGUGCUGUGUGGUGACCUCGUCCACUCCAUGCCAGGAACGGAGUUCAAGGAAGGCCAGGAGCGGGACCUGAAGGAGGCCCUGAAGGGGACGGACCCCUCCAUCCCGCUGGUGUUCGUCAGCGGGAACCACGACAUCGGGAACACCCCCACCCCCAGCACCGUGGAGCACUUCUGCAGGACUUGGGGUGACGACUACUUCAGCUUCUGGGUGGGCGGAGUUCUCUGCCUGGUUCUGAACUCCCAGCUGUUCUUCGACGCCUCGGCCUGCCCUCAGCUGAAGGAGGCUCAGGAGACGUGGCUGGAGGAGCAGCUGAGCAGGGCCGCCUCCUCUUCUUCAGCGAGACCCAAACACAUCCUUGUGUUUCAACACAUUCCUCUGUACCUAAAGAACCCCGACGAAGAGGAGGACUACUUCAACCUGCAGAAAGGAGUUAGGCAAAAACUUCUGGACAGGUUCAGGAAGGCAGGUGUGAAGGCGGUCUUCUCCGGCCAUUACCAUAGGAACGCCGGCGCCUGCCACGACGGCCUGGACAUGGUGGUGAGCUCGGCCAUCGGCUGCCAGCUCGGCGAGGACGCGCACGGCGUCCGGGUGGUGGUGGUGACAGCGGACAGGGUCGUCCACCGCUACCACAGCCUGGAGCGUCUGAGUGCUGCAGGCAUGGACGAGGACCUCCGGGCGCUCCUGGAGGCCUGAGAGCGCCUGGAAACAGACAAUUUGGGAAGAUUUUCUUUUUAAUUCAGUUUUUACCCUUUUUUUUUCCAAUAAUUUUAGAGUUUGUUGUGAGGUGGAGCUGCACAUUUCUGCAUCACAGUUGACCAGUUUGUACCAAAAACCAGCUUUUAAACAAUUUGGUUUUAUAUUCACACUAUGGUUUAUAUCCAACAUUAACUGUACUCCUCAGGGUGUACAGCACUUUAUUGUGGUAUUAAACUACGUUUUAUUUAGUGUCUUAGUCUA